ACCAGAGCGAGGCUGCGCCUCCACCACCGGCAUUCCCAGUGUGCACCGCGGUCAGACCAGCAAAAAAUAGUCCGGUAGCUAACAGAAAGGCUGAGAAAAGAGAACUAGGGAAAGAUAGCUAGCCAGCCAAUUCAUUUUAAAAUAAUAUUUUGAAGGUCGCCAAAAUUGCUGACAUGGCUGACAACGAGAAACUGGACAACCAACGGUUGAAAAAUUUCAAGAAUAAAGGCCGCGAUUUGGAGACUAUGAGAAGGCAGAGAACUGAAGUUGUGGUCGAGCUUCGCAAGAACAAAAGAGACGAGCAUCUACUGAAGAGGAGGAAUGUCCCCAACGAGGACCUCUGUGAGGACUCUGACGCCGACAGCGACUUCAGAUCGCAAAAUACCUCUCUUGAAGCAAUAGUUCAAAAUGCGACCAGUGAUAACCAGGGAGUCCAGCUGAGUGCUGUACAGGCUGCCAGGAAGCUGUUGUCCAGUGACCGUAACCCUCCCAUAGACGACCUCAUCAAGUCUGGCAUCCUGCCCAUCCUGGUGCACUGUCUUGACAGAGACGACAACCCGUCUCUCCAGUUUGAGGCAGCCUGGGCUCUCACCAAUAUCGCCUCUGGAACCUCAGAGCAGACACAGGCCGUGGUGCAGUCAAAUGCGGUGCCUCUGUUCCUACGGCUGCUGCACUCUCCUCACCAGAACGUGUGUGAACAGGCUGUCUGGGCCCUGGGGAACAUCAUCGGUGACGGGCCUCAGUGCAGGGACUACGUGAUCUCCCUGGGUGUGGUCAAGCCCCUGCUGUCCUUCAUCAGCCCCUCCAUCCCCAUCACCUUCCUCCGCAACGUCACCUGGGUCAUGGUCAACCUCUGCCGCCACAAGGACCCCCCGCCCCCCAUGGAGACCAUCCAGGAGAUUCUGCCAGCUCUGUGUGUGUUGAUCCACCACACUGAUGUCAACAUCCUGGUGGACACGGUCUGGGCUCUGUCCUACCUGACUGAUGCAGGGAACGAGCAGAUCCAGAUGGUGAUCGACUCCAGCAUUGCACCUCACCUGGUGCCCCUGCUCAGCCACCAGGAGGUCAAAGUUCAGACUGCAGCGUUGCGUGCAGUGGGGAACAUAGUGACUGGUACAGACGAGCAGACCCAGGUGGUGCUGAACUGUGAAGCUCUCAGCCACUUCCCCUCUCUCCUCACACACCCCAAGGAGAAGAUCAACAAGGAGGCAGUGUGGUUCCUGUCCAACAUCACCGCUGGCAACCAGCAGCAGGUGCAGGCUGUGAUAGACGCCCAGCUGGUCCCCAUGAUCAUCCACCUGCUGGACAAGGGAGACUUUGGCACCCAGAAGGAAGCAGCCUGGGCCAUCAGCAACCUGACCAUCAGUGGGAGGAAGGACCAGGUGGCGCACCUGAUUGAGAAGCAGGUGAUCCCGCCGUUCUGCAGCCUGCUCACGGUGAAGGACGCCCAGGUGGUGCAGGUGGUGCUGGACGGCCUCAGCAACAUCCUCAAGAUGGCUGAUGAAGAGGCAGACACCAUCGCCAACCUCAUCGAGGAGUGUGGAGGUCUGGAGAAGGUGGAGCAGCUGCAGAACCAUGAGAACGAAGACAUCUACAAACUGGCCUACGAGAUUAUAGAUCAGUUCUUCUCUUCUGAUGAUGUGGAUGAGGACUCCAGUCUGGCUCCAGAGCCGCUCCAGGGAGGAAGCUAUGGUUUCAGCUCCAGCACCAACCUGCCGGCGGAGGGAUUCCACUUCUAGAGGACUGGCGAGGCGAGCCGGAGUUUUGUUGGCGAUGCAGCACUCUGUUUAACAUAAAACAAAAUUAAGAGAGAGAGAAAGAGAGAGUAAAAGAGAGAGCGCGAGAGUGUGAGAGAAAUUAGAUCCAUUGUGCUUGGCUCGUGGGAUCCAUGGCUGCAUCUUUAUCUGAGAGAAUAUGUGCGGAUUUCAUUUGGCAUUCCAGGGGGGAAAGAGCCCAAAUGGAGUUUGAGACGGAGAGUGGGUGAGAGUGAGUGAGUGGCUACAUGUUGCUAAACAAACAAAACAUCUACAUCGAGUGAGCUGAGAGGCGUGGCCUCCUAACCAGCGUGUUGUCCGAGCUGUCGUCUCCUAACCCUGAAAACCACCGUGUCCACAGGGAGUACACCCAGAGACAGACGUAAUAAUCAAGACAAAUUUGGAGGCAACGAAAAAGAAAACACAACUUAGACGUAAGAUGAACCAUAUCGCAAUUCAGCCUCCGGCCAGAGGGGGCUCCACCCUCCGCGCUCCCCUCCCCCCAAUCGGCCACGCUGUCAGACGUGUGAGUGAAUGGACCCAUCGUGUAUGAAUGUCUGGACUCAAUGCUGGGGAGCCAGGUUCAUCUCCUCCAAUCAGAAAUCCUCGAUUGGGCGUGUCCCCGCCCCCUGUCCCUGUGGCGAUGGGCGGGGCUAGGAGGCCAGCGUCGCGUGUGCAAGAGCGGACGAGUGGUGUGUGUGCGUGUUUGUGUGCGUGACUGGAGAGUGUCAGACGAGAUGAAAACGCAGAGAAUAAACCCUCCAAUCAUCUGGAACAAGCAUGGAGGAACAAGGAAGUAAAACAGGCUCCACCUCCAGAAUGGGAGGGGCCUCGCCUCCCUAGAAAGGAGCAACUUUGGCAACGACAAAAAAAAAAAACAUCGCAAGGAUUUCUUUUGUUUCAUUCAAAUGUGUAUUAAGUUAGUAUUAA